AUGUUUUCGACUCCUACUCACUUGUUCGUCAACACUCUCCUUCUCUCCCUCGGAAUCGGUCUUGUCAGUGCCAAGCUCAGCAUCGUAAAGCAUGGGCAUGGAGUUUCAUUACCCCUUCGACCUGUCGGCCCUAUCCCUGAAAAUGAACCUUCCAGUUCAAAUGGCCUGGAAACACGACUGUGUAGUGGUGGACAUAUUGUCCAAACCUCUAAUAUCACUACUCUCGCUGCUAUCUUCAAUGUUACCACCAUGGAUUGUCUACGCUCAGUAAAUGUGACAGGUGGAGCCAAUGAGUCCGUUGCCAUGGAUACUGUUUAUCCGCAGAUGUCGAAUUCAACUGUAGAAACGGCGAACAAUCAAACGUGCACGAUUUCGUGUGUCGAUAUUGGUCCAUCGGCAAAUCUUUCCGACUGUAUGAUGCUUACAGAUGAGUUGAGCGCAGCUCAGGGUAACUUUUCUGUUCCACCUGGCUACCAAACCCAGAUCUCUUAUAACACAUGCGCGAUGAGCUUCAUGAAUUACUUGCCCACAAAUGCGGUCGUGACUUACUCAACCUUCGCCGCUACUGGGGGUCUUGUUGCCAGUGAAUGCGUGGGUGGGACUUUGGGAGAUCACGGAGGUAUGUGCAAUGGGACUUCAAACGCCACGUUCUACGUCGCUGCCUAUGGGUUGUGA